UAGUAGGUGGCUAAAGUUUGAGUAGGUGGCUAAAGUUUGAGUAGGCAUCCAUGGCAUGCUCGAAUAUACCGACUUCCCACAUUGCAAGAGGCAUUCUAGGGGAGAAUUAUAGUCUUCGACGAUCAUCCUCCGCGGAUGAGUUGUGUAAACAAGCCACCAUGAGAAGAUCGUACUCAGACAACCACCUUUUAUCACCCUCAACUCGACUUUUAGCCACUUCUUCGGUUAUGCACAACCGCUCUUUUGCUGUUUUCUCUAACCGACUUUCUACUUCCACUAGUACCUCUACACUUCCACAAUUGUCCGAUUUUGAGUGUGAUAAUGAGAAUGAGAACGAGGAUAAGGAUGGUGUAAAGGCAAUUGAUGAAAUGGAAGAUCGAGAACAGAUGAAAAGAGCGAAUUGGGUCGAGAGGCUAUUAGAGCUAAGAACACAAUGGAAGGGUCGAAAAGAAAAGGAAUUCGAUUGUAGGGAAGAUGAUUGUAGCAGUGAGGGUGGUUGUGAAGCUGACUAUGGAGAGAUUGAAGAUAAAGUAAGAUUUGAUUUGAAAACAUUCUCAAAGUUGCUUGUUCAUGUGCCUUGGACGGAUGCCAAUAGGUUCUCUAAGUUGGCUUAUCUUUGUAACAAAGCUUACACAAUUUCAAAAAUUAAGGCUCAAGACUUAGAGAGAAACCAUGGUUUGAAGUUCGUAACAUCGUCUUUGGAGAAGAAAGCGAAAAUCAUAGCACUAAACGCUAAAUUAGCGAGCGACUCAACUCAACUACGAGAAGAUGACUUGGAAAUUCUGCCCCAUAGACGACACUCAGUUAGCUCUACUGUUGCCUAUGAAAUUGCUGCAUCAGCGGCUUGUCAUGUUCAAAACCGCGCUAAAAUCAAAAUUCAUACCGGUACAUAUGGAGAUACCCUUUAUCUGAAACAAUAUGAAGUGUGUCCGGUAGCUAGAGGUUGUAACUCGGAGGUGGCAGCACAAAUGGCUGCAACGACAAUGACAUCAGUAGUCGCUGCCAAGGAGCGAGAGAAGCAAGCGGCAGCAAAAGAGCUCCAAUCACUACAUUCCUCGCCUUGUGAGUGGUUCAUUUGUGACGAACCAAGAACAAGCACCCGCUUCUUUGUAAUCCAGGGAUCAGAAUCAUUAGCGUCUUGGCAAACGAAUCUGUUUUUCGAGCCUACGAAAUUUGAGGAAACAGACGCACUUGUUCAUCGGGGAAUUUAUGAAGCAGCGAAGGGAAUAUACGAGCAAUUCAUGCCCGAAAUCCAAAAUCACUUGGAUUGUUACGGGGAAGAUGCGAAAUUUCAAUUUACGGGUCAUUCACUAGGGGGUAGUCUAUCAUUACUAGUCCAUUUGAUGCUGAUGGCUAGAAGAGUUGUCAAGUCAUCCGUUCUGCCUGUGGUUACAUUUGGUUCGCCUUUCGUGUUUUGUGGAGGUGAAAAAAUAAUCGAGCAAUUAGAAUUAAACAAAAGCGUAGUCCAGAACGUGAUUAUGCAUCGGGAUGUUGUUCCUAGAGCGUUCUCAUGUAGCUACCCUAGACAAGUUGAACAGAUUCUCAAGCGCUUGAACAACUCUUUCAAAUCACACCCAUGUCUAAACAAACAUAAACUAUUGUACUCUCCAAUGGGCCAAGUAUUUAUUCUUCAACCAGACGAACAAGUGUCGCCAUCGCAUCCGUUACUUCCAGAAGGAUGUGCCCUAUAUACGUUCAGCAAGACUGAACCAGCCUUGGUAGCAACAGCUUUAAGGGCGUUCUUGAAUACUCCACAUCCUCUCGAAAUUCUAAGUGAUCGUAAAGCUUAUGGCUCAGAAGGAACUAUUCACAGAGAUCACGACUCGAAAAACUAUAUAAAAGCGGUGAAUGGAGUGAUGCAGCAACAUAUGAAUAUAGCUUUUCGGAAAGUUCCUAAGGAGAGACAUAUGAAAUGGCCUUUGAUGGCCUUUUAUUUGGAGGGUACAUCAACCAUGAAGGAGGUGGUGACUAGUGCUUGAUCGAUUAUUGUUGUUACCUUGUAUAAACCAUGUGUAAAUUUUAGAACUGAGGUUUGUUGAAGGGUCGACUUCAAAUAAAAGACAAAACACAAAAAGAACGAAAUCGAGAGGGAGAAAGGAGUGACAAACACAUAUAUGAUAUAUGUAUACACUUUGUAAGUGUUAGAAGUAAUGCUUUC